AAUGAUAAUUUAAUAAUUUCACUACCCGAAUUGCACUUUAAUCCCAUCUGAAAAUCAUAAAACUCAAACAAAUAUCAACAUCAUCUUCAAUCACUUACAAGGCGCCAUAUGAUAUUGUAGGAAAAGUAAUGAGCAUCUUAAAAAUAAUAAUGAGGGUAGUGUACAAUCCAUACCCUCAUUUCUCACUCUAUUUGAUUUUGUCUCUAUCUCUCUCUAGAAUCUCAUAUAAUGGCAUUUGUUUGUGAGAAGGUUGUAAUAUUUUUUAGUUUAAAGGACAUUUUUGUUUAUAUGACAUUGCGAGAGGAUAGCAAUUCCUUGUGAGAGAGUCAUAAUUUUUUUUAGUUUAGAGUGCAUUUUGGUUGGCAUAACUUUCAAGGGUUGAAAUUUAUUUUUUUUUAAUUUAGAAGGCGUUUAGUUGGUAGAUUUUGUAAUUAUCUUCUUAUCCUCUCCUUCCACCAAUUCUCUCCUACAAACCCUCCAUUCACCAUCUAUGUUCUAUCUCUAACCAUAACUUUAUCAUCGAUGUCUCCCAAAUACUUCAUCAUGAUGAGCUUUGAUCUUAUGCCAUGUUUUUCUUCUUCUUCUUCUUCUUCUUCUUCUUCUUCUUCUUUUUUUUUAGAUUUGUUUUAUUUUUAUCUUUAAAUUUAGGAAAGUGAUUGUCAAGCCAAUUGUAUUCAUAUAUAUUAUUUUUAAAAUUGAAUUUUAUGUAGCUAUAUUCACAUUUGUGUUGGUUUUGACAGUCUCAUAAUACCAAUUUCCACUUAGUUGCCAGCAAAAACAUGGCUUUAACCAUAGGAUUUAUACAAUUCUAUAUAUGUGGCUUCCUUUUUAUGUUGUGCAAGACUACAAGGUUUUGUUUUCUCUCUUUUUUUCCUCUAAUUUUGUUUCAAGUUUGAGGAAAUCAUAUAAUUUAUUUAAAAUUAAAAUGAUAAUUAACAA